AUGAGGCCGAGACCCGACCUCCUCCUGGCGUCGGCGGCGGUAAUCGCGGUUGCUCUGCACGCGCUGGCCGGCGGAUCCGCCGCGCAGCUCUCGGCGGGGUUCUACUCCGCGAGCUGCCCCACCGUGCACGGCGUCGUGCGGCAGGUCAUGUCCCAGGCCGUCAUGAACGACACGCGCAGCGGCGCCGCCAUCCUCCGCCUCUUCUUCCACGACUGCUUCGUCAACGGCUGCGACGCGUCGCUGCUUCUGGACGACACGGCCACGACGCCGGGGGAGAAGGGCGCCGGCCCGAACGCCGGCGGGUCGACCUUCGGCUUCGACGUGGUCGACAGCAUCAAGACGCAGGUCGAGGCCGCCUGCCCCGGCGUCGUCUCCUGCGCCGACAUCCUCGCCAUCGCCGCGCGCGACAGCGUCAACCUGCUGGGCGGGCCGAGCUGGGCCGUGCCGCUGGGCCGGCGGGACGCGACGGCCCCGAACCCGUCGGGCGCGGCGACGGACCUGCCGGGCCCGGACUCGGACCUGGCCGCGCUCGUGGCGGCCUUCGCCGCCAAGGGCCUGACGUCGCGCGACCUGGCGGCGCUCUCGGGCGCGCACACGGUCGGCAUGGCCCGCUGCGCGCACUUUCGGACGCACGUCUACUGCGACGACAACGUGAGCCCGGCGUUCGCGUCGCAGCAGCGGCAGGCGUGCCCGGCCUCCGGCGGCGACGCCAGCCUCGCGCCGCUCGACGCGCUCAGCCCCAACCAGUUCGACAACGGGUACUACCGGAGCCUCAUGUCCGGCGCCGGCCUGCUGCGGUCCGACCAGGAGCUCUUCAACAACGGGGCCGUCGACUCCUUGGUGCGCCUGUACGGCUCCAACGCCAACGCCUUCUCCGCCGACUUCGCCGCGUCCAUGAUCACGCUCGGCAACAUCAGCCCGUUGACCGGGUCCACCGGGGAGAUCAGGCUCGACUGCAGGAAAGUGAAUUCGUGAUGAGCAUAAGAAAGUAACAUGUGGACGAAGCUUUAAAUGUCGCUGUGUCAAGCAAUUAGUGAAUAUAUUGAUUAAACUCUUGAAAGAUGUCUAACAUGGAACCAGUACUAUUCAUGACUUCGAAAAUGUACUACGGAGUAUACAACUUUACUAGCGAUCAGAUUCAAUAGCGUGGAACUAAGCUUUAA